UACAAAGAAGGAAGCUUUCAACGACAAGGAACCCGAGAGGAUCAGAUGAUAGUAGGAAGAUUAACGUUAAGUAUUCCCCCGCCAUGGAACCACCACCGCCUCCGGCCAACUCCACCGUUAAUCAAAUGUGAGAGCGGGGGAGUGCCACUAACAAAGCAAGGUCACCGCUUCCUCUCUUCAUUAGCAUCCACGGCCGCCGUCGACGACCCAACAACCGCUAACCGGUUGAUAAAGAAAUUCGUCGCAUCAUCGCCAAAGUCUAUUGCUUUGAACGCGCUCUCUCAUCUUCUCUCUCCCAGCAAUUCUCACCCUCACCUCUCCGACCUCGCGUUUCCCUUGUAUACUAGGAUAACUGAAACAACAUGGUACAACUGGAACCCAAAAUUACUUGCAGAGUUAAUUCCUUUGCUGGAUAUACAAGGUAAGCACGAUGAAUCCGAGGCUUUAAUCUCUCAAGCUGUUUCGAAGUUAAAGUCUCGAGAGCGAGAUCUUGUUCAAUUCUAUUGCAAUUUGAUUGAGUCUUGUUCUAAACAUGAAUCAGAGCAAGGGUUUAAUGAAGCUUACUGUUACUUGUCUGAACUUGUUCGUAAUUCUUCAUCGGUGUAUGUCAAACGUCAAGGUUAUAAAUCAAUGGUUAGUAGCUUAUGUGAAAUGGGUCAGCCUAAUGAGGCUGAGAAUGUGGUUGAAGAUAUGAGAAAAAAUGGGGUUAAACCUUCAUUGUUCGAGUUUAGGUUUGUUUUGUAUGGGUAUGGGAAAAUGGGAUGUUUUGAAGAUAUGGAGAGAAUGGUGAACAAGAUGGAGAUGGAAGGGUUUGAAGUGGAUACUAUUUGCUCGAAUAUGGUUCUUUCGUCGUACGGGGCUUUUACGAAACUUCCCAAGAUAGUUCAUUGGCUGCAAAAAAUGAAGGCUUUGGGAAUUCCUUUCUCAGUAAGGACUUACAAUUCUGUCUUGAAUUCAUGUCCUAUGAUCAUGUCUUUGGUUCGAGGCUCGGGUAGUUUUCCGGUUUUGCUUGCGGAGCUGAUUGAGGUUUUGGAUGAGGAUGAAGCGUUGUUGGUAAAGGAAUUGGUUGCAUCUUCUUCAGUAUUGAAUGAGGUAAUGGAAUGGACUGAUUUGGAGCUAAAACUUGACUUACAUGGUAUGCAUCUUGGUUCGGCUUAUGUGAUAAUGUUGCUGUGGAUCGAGGAGAUGAAACGCAGGUUUAAAGUCAAAGAAUGCGUGAUUCCAGCACAAAUUACUAUCGUUUGUGGAUCUGGAAAGCACAGCAGUGUUAGGGGAGAAUCACCUGUGAAAAAUUUGAUCAAAGCGAUGAUGAUUCGAAUGAAGAGUCCAAUGAAAAUUGAUAGGAAGAACAUUGGUUGUUUUAUAGCCAAAGGACAAGUUGUGAAGAAUUGGUUAUCGCAGCUGAUGGAGGAGAAUCAUUAAUUUAAGUUCCUCAGAUUGAAUCAAUAACAUCUGCCAUUUUCUUCUUU